GACUAAAACUGUUAUUAAAUUAGUACGUAAAAAUGUCUCAAAAAGUGGAUCAGGCUACAAUUAUUAUUUUGGAUAUAGGAAAAAAUACAUCAAGUGAUGAUAAAAGCGAGAACAAUUUUUUUGAAAAAGCAAUAAAUUGUACGAAACGUAUAAUCGAAAGGAAAAUAAUGAGUCAAGGGAAGGACCUAGUUGGAAUACUUUUAUUGGGAUCAAAGAAAACCAGAAAUAAUCUGGCAGAGCAAUGUCCUGGUGAUUUCAAACGAAUAGAAUUAUUCAUCGAUCUUGAAACGCCCUCUUGGAAAAUGAUCCGCGACUUACCAACUGCUCCAACAAUAGCAAAAGGCGAUUGGUUUGAUGCAUUAAUUGUUGCUGCUGAUUUUUUUAAGAAUUGCUUCAGUGGAUAUAAAACUCAGAACAGAAGGAUCUUAUUAAUGACAAACUUUGAAUCAACUUCCAAAGUUGAUGAAUCUCAGUUUGAGCAGGUAUUGAAUGGUUUCAAAGAAGAAGAUUUCCAAGUAGAUGUCAUUGGAUAUGAUAUAUAUUCAGACACAUACAAAAACAAUGAUGUCCACUUUAUUAGGAGAUUAGUUGAUGGUACAAAUGGUGUUUCAGCUUUAUUUGAUGAUACAAUGAGAUAUUUAGUGUUCCAUAAAAAAAGGCACGUGAAUCCAAUUCCAUGGAAUGUUGACCUCUGUAUUGGUCCCAAUAUUAAAAUACCAGUUUCAUCGUAUAUUAGAAUUAAAGAUGAACAUGUUGUAAAGUCAUGGACGAAAGCAGUUCGCGACCCAGUUACAGGCUCUGCGAGUGUCACAGAGGCAGCAACGAAAAAAACACUGUACAUGAACCCUGAAAACAAAGAUGUAGUGAAAUCACCUGAAUUAAUUAAAGGGUUUCAUUAUGGACAGGAACUUAUCCCAUUCCUUGAUGUUGAUAAGACAUUAAUCUAUAAUUCUGGUCCAAAAUCUCUAACAGUUUAUGGAUUUACUGAUGCAAAGAGAGUACAAUGGCAGAAUCUAAAUGGUGAUGGUUUGUCAUAUAUUUUUGGACGUAAAGGUGAUAAAAAAGCGCAAGAAGCUGUAAGAACUUUAGUAGAAUGCCUUAUAGAAUCAAAUUUAGUUGGAAUUGUUCGAAGAGUGUACAACAAUGGAAAUGCCCCAAGAAUGUAUGUACUUAUGCCGGUUAUAGACCCUAAUGAUUAUGUUUGUCUGUCUAUGGCAGGAAUUUGUUUUAAAGAAGAAAUUAAAUAUAUGGCAUUUCCACAAAUUGAAAAGGUUACAUGUAACAAGGAACAAGUGGAUGCUUUUAAAGAUUUAAUUAAAGCUAUGGAUCUUACGAAUGCAUAUAAUGAUGAUUAUGAUGAUAAUGAAGCAUUUCCUGUAGCAGAAACUAUAAGCCCUUCAAUACAAUAUGUAUUAGAUUGUAUCGCUUUUAGAGCUAUGAAUCCGGGAAAGCCUUUACCACCACCACGGAAAGAUAUAAUGAUGUUGUUCAGUGUACCUGAAUUAAUAGAGAAAAAUAGCGUAGAUAUUAUUGAUAAAUUAAAAACAUUAUUUGUACUUAAAAAAGUAGAAAUUAAGAAAAGAAAUAAAAAACAAGAUGUUUCAAAUAAUGAUGAUGCAAUGGACUCAUCAUCUAAAAUGAAUGAGUCAAUUGUUAAUGACUUGCCGAAAGUAGACUUGCCUAUCUCAUCAAAAACAGACAAAAUUAAAAACAUUGGUACAGUUGAUCCUAUAAAUGAUUAUAAAGCACUUAAAGAUUUAGGAAAACCUAUGAAAGAGAUAGUCUCAGAAAUGACAAAUGCCAUAGAAUGCUUGUUUCAUAGCAAUUUGGAUGGACAUUGUGCAAGAGCAUUAGAUGCAAUGAAGUUUCUUAGGACAGAAAGUAUUGUAGGUGAUCCUUCAGAUUACAAUAAUUGGCUAAGAAAUUUUAAAAUUGAACUGCAUAACCGGAAUAAAAACAACAUUAUUGAAUUAAUUAAAGAAAAACAAUUAAACUAUAUAAUAAAAGAUGAGAAUAGUUUAAGCAAGUAUGAUUCAAAUGAUUGUGAUGAAAGUCAAUUUUAUGAAAUGGAUACCGCUCCUAACAUCACAGAGACAGACAUCAGUACAGAGGUUAAUGAUUUCUUCAAUGAUAUGUAGUGUUUAUGU